AUGGCUGAAUCAAUGACCUUUGCUUUUGGCUGUGUCGACGAGCGCAUGGCCGACAUGGUCACCCCAGACGGCUUCGGCUACGCUGAGCCCAUGUUCAACGAGCCAGCGAUGGAGCCGUGGAUGGACGGCGUGCUGGACGAGGCGCUGAUGAUGGCUGCGCCCAGCUCGUGGGACGACUUUGACGCCCUCAACACGGCUGUCUCGCAGGCCACGGCUACUCCAAACGCCUUCGACUCCAUGCUCGCCGACUGCUCUCUUCCAGAGGACGGCCAGGCCAGCAGCAGCGGCGAUCUUACCGUCUCUCCGGAUAUGCUGGACAUCUCGUCGAACCUCGCUUUCCCCGACAGCGAGAUGCCGUCCUUCUUGGGCACCGAAGUCAACAGCUCUUUCGGCACCCUCGACUCAACAGUCAACAACAGCAGCAACGCUUCUUCUUCCUCUUCUUCUUCCUUCUCGGCUCAGACUACCCCCGAGCCACUUGCCGGAGACAACUGUGAACUCGUCUUCGAGCAAGUUGCGUCCGCCUUCAAGGACCUUGCUCGCGCCAGAGCGGCUGCUGAUCCACGACCAAUCUCUCGCAAGCAGAAGCAGAGAGACGCCUCCAUUGCCCUCUACCUUGAGCGUCUACGAGACACUUGCAACGAGGCAGUGGCGGCCCUCAAUUCGGGUGCUGAUAGCACAGCCGCUACUAUUGACAAUUCCGCUGCCUGGUUCAAUGCUAACCAUGUGUCCAUGUCCUCUCAGCACAGCUCGUCUGGCGCCAGUAGCUUCUCCACCAGCUCGCCCUCGGAGGGCUUCACGGAAUUCUACUCUCAACCUCAAUCGGCUAGGUCUUCCGUGCCAUCCCAAUCCCCCACCUUGGACCAGUCUCGACCUCAGUCCCAGCAGCCUUCUCCUCCGGCUCCGGCUCCAGCUCCUCCUUCCGGAGGUAUCGAGCUUGUCAUGGAUCUCAACAUGAACACCGCUACCUCUCUCCCAAGGAAACACCGUCCACGGACAGAGACCCAGCGCCAGCGGUACCUGGCUGUCCGCAACCAGGGUGCUUGCGAAAAGCACAAGAAGCAGCACAAGAGGUGCACUUGCAUUGACAAGGCAAUCCCACUUACUUCUGCUGCUACUGCAGCGACGAUCGCCUCCUCUUCACCCCAAACGGGUGCAGGCACCGGCACUGGCACUGAUGCUGCCAUCAGCAUCCUGUCCAACGUUAAGAGCCGCAGCUCUGUCCGCAAAGCAUCGUCACUUCGGCGUGUUCCUGGCGCCCGUGGCGCCCGCAAUGCCCUCCCACCAACGCCCGGAGAGGAUAAUUGGCCAAACAUUGGCCACGAUGGCGAGUUCCUGAUCAGGAACAACAGGCCUGGCAGCGCUGUCAAGGGCGAGGCCAGUAUGGCCAGCAUGGCCAGCAGCGCGUCAUACUUGCUGCAACAGCAAGGCAAACUCGAUCACCGCCAUGACAAUGGCCAUGAUAUAGGCAGCUCGCACGAUAAGGGCGUAACUCGCGACAGAGGAGCCUCGAGCGAACGUGUCUCUACUCUGCCUACGAACACCGGCAACGUGGGAAUGUCAAUCGUCCUCCAGGGAGUUUUGGACAACAACGCCAAUGUCCGCUCUCGUCCUGAUGAUGGCUGCCGACCAGGAUGCAACAGAGGCGUAGAGUCUUUCAACGCACAUCGCCAGCAUAUUCUCACUAUGCACCUGGUCAACAGAGACCAAGGUCGUCGUGCCGUCAACAAUACCGCCUUGCUCGUGUUCCCCGAUGGAACUUGGCAAUCUACGCAUGACCAACUUCUAACGAACAGCCAGAGCCAGGGCACCAAUAUAGACAAUAUAGGUGGCUCAAGGAUUUCAAGACUAUCGCAGAUUUCGUCCUACCUGCAUCUUCGUGACAACCAGGACUGUUUUAGAGAUAAACAGAAACACACGAACAUCUCCAAUCGCAGCCGCAGAGAAUGCAGCUCGAUGUUGCCAUCGACCAUGUCAAGUGCAGGUGCCAGCGGAGAAAACAUGCGCAACAUUUGUUGUACCAACGCAUCCGCCCAGCUCUGGUGUGCCACACAACUCGCAGUUGCCGCUGCUAUGAGAAACACUCAGCUACCGAGCAGCUACAGUGCCACUCAAGACAAGUAUAGCACCGGGUCAACACCUUCGAGUCUUCUCCAGCCAUCAAUCUCUACGAUAUCGUCUGCCUACACCGGGGUACGAUGGUAUAUACAAGCCUACAUCGGCAACAGCGUGCGUCCACAAUUGAAACAUGCUACCUCGCGACAACGCGAAUUCGCCCUUUGGUGCUUCAUAUGGUUAAGCAUGCUAGUGCUAUCGGCGAUUUUCAAAGGUGCUUUGGCUUAA